UUAGAAACCGUUGCCUAGCAACAGACUUCAAACUUUCAGUAGAGACUGUACGCCUGCAAACUUCGCUUACCUGACGUAAAACUGUUUGUAAGGUCAUAUUACAGGAUGAGUGCUGGACGGGUGUCUGAGGGCGCGGGCUGCAUCACCUGGUGGGGCUUCAGUCCUGCACGCGACCUGCUGAGCAUGGGCCCUGUGAGAGUUAAAGGGGAGGUCAAUGUUUUACUUAUUGGCAGUGGAGACCCGCGGCAUAUUUUGAAGACCAUUGCUGGUUUGCAGGACGAAGAAAGCCUUCAUGUGUGGGUGAUAGAAAACAGCAUGGAGGAGGUAGCUAGACAGCUGUUGCUCCUCUACCUGGCGCUGAUGCCCCAAGAAAGCAUGGGACGUAAUGAGAAGACAGAAGUUUUCCUGGAGUUGUUUGGGAACAGUGAGAUCCGCAGUCAGACAGAAGAGACGCUGAGACAUGCAGCAUCACAGCUCAUUCUGUCUGUUACUGAAACACUGGAGACAGCCACUCACACCUGUCUGAAUACAACUCUUCUCAAGUUCAAGGAACGAGAUGAGCUGGAGAGGAUAUUUAAGUUGUGGAUCCAACCUCAGUCUUCAUCGUCUUCAUCAAAGUGUUCUGCUCCUAUUUCAAUGUCCAAAGCCUGGGAUUAUCGGGUCAGACAGCACCUCGGAACACGCUACAACUCCAAGAAAGGCUGCUUCGACUGGGACCUUACAAUGAAACUGCAUAAGAAGGGGUGUGGUCUCAUCAGCCAACAACAAUAUGCUCAGUGGAGGGAACGGGGUUUGGCGUUCGAAAUGAGGGAAGGUAUCUACCAAAUAACCAAUCCGAGUUUGCUGUCUUCAAGAGUGUUCAAUCAGAAAGGGAACAAAGUGGCUUUCAGGGGCUACUGGGGAGACAUUGUCUCCAGUCCUUACCUCUCUUUUGGCAUUGAAAGUGAUGACAAGAAUCUGCUGAAGACACAGAAUGGGCAACACAUCAAGACAGCCCAGGAUAUAUCAUUUGCAAAUGUGCAGGCAUUGUUCCAGUCCCUGUCCAGUAGUCGGGGCUGCCCUACUACUUCUCAGUUAGACACAGAGGCAGAGGAGCCGUCCCCACAGCCUGACCGAAAAUCUGUCACAAUUAAUGAUUUGAUGCGUCUAAAUGGGAUCUCUGUAACCUUCCUGUCUAUGGAUUCACUUCACAAACUGCCAGAAAAACAGAAAUACUCCCACUUCUUCAACACCAUCUACUUCUCUGCCAGCUGCGUGCACCAGUUGGGCCCGGCUAUGAGACAGAUUGCAGCACCAGACGCUGUGCUCAUCGUGGAGUUGGCCAAGUACAUUUUGGAACUGAACAAAGAGCAAGAAGAAGGCUUUGCAAAGAAAGUGGCGAGCAUCGCUCUCGAGGCUGAAUUUGAGCCGUGGCAUGAUGGGAAGAGUGAUGACGUCCAUGCUGUUUUCAUGAAGAAGUAAAGGUGGUUUAUUUCAGCAGAGCGGUUCACUCUGCUCCCGUUGUCAGCAGCUUUACCUUCACAAUAUGCAACAGAUUGACAGUCAAGGUGAUAUUGCUUCACAGCACAGACAUUUUAUAAGAUCUUAAACAGACAAUUUAUUUUUUCCUUCAUAAGGAAUUUUACCAGCCAGUGAGUCGCAACUGUGAGUGGCCUCAGAUUUUAUUUCCAAUUUGAAUGACAAAACUAAAUUGAUUUGAAACGUCCUUUUUAUGUAAACAUGCAUUUCAAUCAUUUCUUGUCUCUCUUAGCUUAAGUGAUGAACACUACAAAAUUGCUGCAGCCUUGUCCUGGAACCAGUGAACCGUCGUUUUUUCUUUGUGCCUCCUGUGAUAGUUUACUUCCAGCGUCCUCCAACCUUUCCCUUACCAUGGACCUUUUUGCUGCAUUGACACAAGAAAAAAAAAUAGGAAAGUAAAUUAUGAACAGCACAAAUGACCAGCAGGUGUGACUGAAGAAAGGAAGUAGUUAUACUUAUUUCUACUUAGAUGUGUGGAUCCUAUAGGAUUAGAGCUUGCAUUUCCUUUCCAUAUGCGACUCUUGACAUGUGGUAUGUUUGCAUAGUCGAUGCAAAGUAGCUGCUCUACUUAUUCUUUCUUGUGACGUUAGAGUUGUGUAGUGGUAGUCUGAGACGAGCAGAUUGACUCACAAUUUCUGAGCAUGUUGGAUUCUGUUCAGGAGGACGUUGAUCUGAU